AUGAACUGCAAUGGGAAUUCUGUUGAAUCAACCAAGCGCGUGUUGGUUACAGGCGGUGCAGGUUACCUUGGGUCAACACUGGUACCAAUAUUGCUCCAACGUGGUUACCAAGUAGUAGUCUACGAUAAAUUUAUGUGGGGUGCGGGACCACUCUUGGCGCAUGUAGGUAAUCCUCAUCUUGAGAUCGUCCCGGGAGAUAUUUUGGACAAAGGACUCUUGGCUGAGCACAUGUCCACAUGUGACGCUGUUAUUCAUCUCGCUGCCAUUGUGGGUUAUCCUGCCUGUGAGAAAAAUAAGGCUGAAGCUAUUCAGGUUUGUAUUGCAGGCUAUUUGAGGUUUUGUGUUGGGCUGUGUCAGUGCAAGAACCCAUAAACUGGAGCGAGCAACUUCUAUGUACUCAUGACACGGCGUUUUCACGGACCAGUUUACUUUUAGAACGGUUUUGGCGCGAAUUGAGAACAUCUUUUAAGUCCCACAAAGCAGUCAGCAAAACCUACAGACCUAGAAAUGAUAUUUUUUUCGUUUUAAUGACGUUAUGUUUUCCUUUUUGAUAUCUUAUAUUUCGAAUGCGCUCAUAGACGUGGCGGAGAUUCCAUUUGCGCGGGAAAAAGUGCCCUAAAAUGUGUCUAAAAAUAAACCGGUCCGUAAAAACGCCGUGGCAUAGGCCUAGUAUGGGAGUUGCUCGGUCCAGGUCAUGGGCUCCUAAUCAGUGUUAGUAUGCUCCGCAGCCGUUCUUUGUGUCGUCACGCAAUGCUCCUUCACAAAGAACGGCUUUGAAGAAGAUUAGGUCACUGCUGUGUUGGAUUGAAUUAAAGACCUUUAAAUACAUGCAUCAGACAAACAAAACCCUUUAUUGAGAAACAGCCCGAAUUUCAACAGGGCCCCAGCUGUUUUCCAGUUUGACAAUGUUAAUUAUUACAUAAUACUGGUAAUUAAAAAAGCCAUUAUCGAAAAGAAUUAGAAUGAAAAAAAUUUAUUUACAGUAGUUCAACUCGUUAAAAUUCAAAAUACAUUCAAAAUACGUAUUCAAAAUAUAUUCAAAACGUUAUUUCUGUAUAAAUAUCCGUUGUCGACCGCUAUUUUUCACUAUCAAUAUCUUUAGACAAUUCCUAAUAAUGACGGUUUUUAGCCCAUUCCAUUCCAGUUUGGACCCUAUGUUGCAAAUAAAAUGCCCAAUGUCCCCAUUAAUUGAAUGCUGCGUUGUGCUAAAAAUCGUCGUUGCAAUCAAAUUGUUAACAUCCCCUUAAGAAAUAGUAGGACGGCGAAUUUGUAGACGAAAAUAAAACUCUGGUUUCCCGAUUUUUUUUUUUCUGCGAAACAGCGCCGAAAUUUAAUUUGUGUUCAACUAGCCCCAAGGAUGAUGUUUAAUGGUCAGUUACCUACUCGUUGAAACCCAGCUAAAGAAUUGUGCGCAGGGUUUUUCAUGAUAACGGCUCAAAGAAAAAAAAAAUGCAGAAGAAUAGAUAACAACAACUCAUAUAAAGGGGAAAAUGUUCAAGAACCAUUUCAGCUUCGUUAGGCCUGUUGAUUGACUGAUUUUGAGGGAGUUAACUUAAAACUUAACUUGCACGUUCUAAGUGUUUAAAAAUUGAAAUAUGUUUUCUGCUUGUGCAAAAGCAAUUUGUUUGGACCGCAGAGCUUUUACACGUAAAGAAACUUCAGUUUCAUCGUGUUUUCUCUUCCUUCUGUUUUCAGUUGUUUACUUUCUCAUUUUGUUGUUUCUGUAGACAAACCAACAAGGCACCAAGAACGUUGUAGACAGCUUAGCACCAAAUCAGCAGCUAGUUUACGCAUCCACCGGCUCAUGUUACGGAGCUGUGCUCAAUGGUCUGUGCGCGGAAGACACACCCAUCUCACCUUUGACGCUCUAUGGAAGCACAAAAGCCGCCGGAGAAAGGAUGGUCAUACAGGUUGGAGGAGUGGCACUUCGUUUGGCAACAGUGUUUGGGGUGUCCCCCCGGCUUAGGCUUGAUUUAUUGGUGAAUGAUCUCACUGAAAAGGCUGUGAGGCUGGGACAUUUUGAUCUUUAUCAGGGGGAGUUCCGACGUACUUUUCUCCACGUCAAAGACGCUGCCAAUGCGUUCGUGUUUGCAAUGGAAAAUUACAAGCGAAUGGCAGGGCAGGCAUUUAACGUUGGGGACGAAAACAUGAAUUUAUCCAAGUCUGAUGUGGCUCGUAUCAUCCAACGAUGCGUGCCGGGUUGUGUUAUCACAGAAAACACUACGGGGGAGGAUAAAGACAAGAGAGAUUAUGAAGUAUCAUACAAGAAGAUCCAAGCUCUGGGCUUCCAUGCUACCAUCUCAGUAGAGAAAGGGGUACAGGAGCUUUUAAAACUUCUACCAUGCCUAAGCAAUGACGAGAUAGAAAAAGCUAGAAAUGUAUAA